CACUUCACCCCACUUCACCCACUUUCCAUUUCGUCGCUGCCGUGCUCGCUCGCCUGCUCCUUGCUUCCGCUCCAACUCAAGCUGAGCUGAAUUUGUUGGGUUUUGACUUCUUCCCCCCACGCUCGUCCAAAGUCGCUGUUUUGAUCCGUCUCUGCUAUGGCUACCUUCGCUGAGGCUCCCAAAGGUAACGAGAAGGCUGGGGAGAAAAUCUUCAAGACCAAGUGCGCGCAAUGUCACGCUGUUGAGAAGUCUGCCGGGCACAAGCAAGGUCCAAACCUGAAUGGAUUAUUCGGAAGGACUUCAGGGACCACCGCUGGAUAUACUUACUCCAAAGCAAACAAGGACAAAGCCGUUGUGUGGGACGAAGAGCAGUUGUACGAGUAUUUGUUGAACCCAAAGAAGUACAUUCCUGGGACGAAGAUGGUCUUCCCCGGGUUGAAAAAGCCACAAGAGCGAGCAGACCUUAUUGCUUACUUGAAGAGUUCGACAUCGAGUUGAAGAUCUGCACACAGUUUUGUUGUUAGAGCCUAGCAGCCUCUUGCAGAGAUUAGUAGGGGCUACAGUAGGUAUCAUCUACAUGAGGGACACAGGAUCGCUUGGAAUGUGUGUUUCGAUCAAGUGAUUUUUGCCCAAUUCUUUCCAAUGCACGGCAGUUUUGUUGAGCACAUUGCAAUAAAGCCGUGGAAUUCUACUUCCUCUUGUAA